GUGGUAAUGAAGCGUAUUUCAUUUCAAUAUUGAAGCUUAUAGGCAUAUCGUUAUGUCAUGCUGGCGUUAACAAAUGAUUAUUUAAAUGUAUUAAACAGUGGUAAGAAAGAAUACUACUAAUAAACAUGCAACACUACAGAAGAAUUUACCUGAAGUGUUUGGAUGUGUUGGAAUGGAUAAAGUGAUACCUUUUAUUGAGAGUGAUGUUGCUCAAGUGUCAAACUUUGUAUAUAAAGUGACUAUGCCAGGGUCGUCCCACUUUCCAAUUCUUGUUUACGAAGUUACAGUAGGCCGUGAAACUAUACUGAAUAACUACAAUGUUGCCUAUGGCUCUCAAAAUGAUGGAAGAAUAACGCUUACAAACCCAACUAGUGAUAACUCUGGAAUGUACAGAAUAGAAGUGACAUACAUGAUUGCAUCUGGAUUAGCAGCUGAUUAUACUGAAGUGACUGUAACAUUCUCAUAUAACCCAACUGCCAGCUUAAAAUAUGAGGAUGGUUCUUGUAAGUUUGAUGGAGGAACAACUGAAAACCUUGUCCUGAAGGAGGAGGUAAACGGCACUGGUAAAUAUUGUUGUGUGACUGGGGCUUCUGCAGCAUGCAUUGACGGUUCCACUGGGACAACAUACUGCAUUGAAAUUCAAGACCAUAUUAAAACCUUUUCAUUAAAUUAAUGAUAUCACAACUUUAUCUUUUGCAAUCGCAAAGGUUUUAUUUAGUCUGGAAUAACUAAAUAUUAUAAGACCUAACAGUUGCCGACAUCAGUGAUUGAUAUAACACACUCAUUAGCUUAUAUUUCUUGCACAUAUGUUUUUGUUACAUUGAUAUGAACGGUCGUUUGGUCAGUCGGUUGAUCUGUUAGCAAAGGUUUGUGGAGUGAAUUUUUCCGACACAUUUAGAGACAUCACUCUCAUGAUCGGCACACAUUUCACCCUCGGGAUCGGUGAUGACAUCCUGAACUGUUGCCCUCGGCAUAUCGGCCUCGAGACAACAGUUCAGAAGUCAUCCCCUCCACCUUGGGACAAUAGUUUUGACUGUUACACAAAUGCCCAUGCAACAACUGUAUACUAAUUCCAUAAGCUAUGACUGCCCAUCCACAUUCUUGACUGUUACUGAUUGUUGAUGACAAUCUGGUGAUAAAUGAAUUCUAUGCCUUGAAUUCCCUUUAAAAUAAAAAAACUUUGAUGUGAAUG